UUUACACACUCAAGAUCCUUGGUGCUGAACUGAGCUGACACCAUGUGCGACGAAGACGAGACUACCGCCCUGGUGUGUGAUAACGGCUCUGGCCUCGUGAAGGCUGGGUUUGCCGGUGAUGACGCACCUCGGGCCGUCUUCCCUUCCAUCGUCGGUCGCCCCCGACACCAGGGUGUCAUGGUCGGUAUGGGCCAGAAGGACUCCUACGUAGGCGACGAGGCACAGAGCAAAAGAGGCAUCCUGACCCUGAAGUACCCCAUCGAGCAUGGCAUCAUCACCAACUGGGACGACAUGGAGAAGAUCUGGCACCACACUUUCUACAAUGAGCUGCGCGUGGCCCCAGAGGAGCACCCCACCCUGCUGACAGAGGCCCCCCUUAACCCAAAAGCCAACAGAGAGAAGAUGACCCAGAUUAUGUUUGAGACUUUCAAUGUCCCUGCAAUGUACGUGGCAAUCCAGGCCGUGCUGUCCCUGUACGCAUCCGGACGUACCACAGGUAUUGUCCUGGACUCCGGAGACGGUGUGACCCAUAAUGUGCCAAUCUAUGAGGGUUAUGCUCUUCCUCACGCCAUCAUGCGUCUGGAUUUGGCGGGUCGGGACCUCACAGAUUACCUCAUGAAGAUCCUGACUGAGCGUGGAUACUCCUUUGUCACAACCGCUGAGCGUGAAAUUGUACGUGAUAUCAAGGAAAAGUUGUGCUACGUGGCUCUAGACUUUGAGAAUGAGAUGGCCACCGCCGCCUCCUCCUCCUCCCUGGAGAAGAGCUACGAGUUGCCUGACGGUCAGGUCAUCACCAUUGGCAACGAGCGUUUCCGCUGCCCAGAGACCCUCUUUCAGCCCUCAUUCAUUGGCAUGGAAUCUGCUGGCAUUCACGAAACCACUUACAACAGCAUCAUGAAGUGUGACAUUGACAUCCGGAAGGACCUGUAUGCCAACAACGUAUUGUCCGGAGGCACCACAAUGUACCCUGGUAUCGCUGACCGCAUGCAGAAAGAGAUCACUGCUCUGGCCCCCAGCACCAUGAAGAUUAAGAUCAUCGCUCCCCCUGAGAGGAAGUACUCCGUGUGGAUCGGAGGCUCCAUCCUCGCCUCUCUCUCCACCUUCCAGCAGAUGUGGAUCAGCAAACAGGAGUAUGAUGAGGCAGGACCCUCCAUCGUCCACAGGAAGUGCUUCUAAGCCUAGACUGCCACCUUCCUCAUCACCCCCCAACCCUUUCUGUGCCAGCAACCCAAGUUGCAGAAAUGUGUGUGUUUUCGUCAAAUUCUUUGUUUACACUCAAGUGAAAUGUA